AUGGACAAGGAUGGUCAACCCAUUGCAGAGAGGAUAUUAAACCUUGCCAUUGAGAUCAUCUGCCUGCUGACCGGAGAGAGAUUCCCUGCUGUGAAGUCUGGUGAUCUGGUGACCAUUGCAGUGCCUCCUCCUCACUCCCUGGCAGUGGAGAGGAACAGCGAGCAGAAGAUCUUAGAAGUCACCCAGAAGAUCAUUGAGCUGCUGACAGGAGAGGUUCCCAAUGGCUCGGAGGAAGUCGAGGUCUCCAUUUCGUUGGAGCAAAUUGUUCUUCAAGAGGCAGAGAAGACCCUGGAGAAGGACCCAUUGGUGGAGAAUGAGCAGAUCCCAGAAUCUGAAGAUGUACUGGAAUCCACAAGCACACCUCUAGUCCCCGAUGCCUCUGUCCCCUCUCCGGGCUGCUCUAACGAAGUCCAGAACAGCAACGAUCAAGAAGAUGACAUGUCGACUAUGUGUGACCCAAUCAUGAGCAAAUUGGACCUAAACUCGGCGGUGGACUUCUCGUCGUGCGAUGAGGGAGACCUUUCUGAUGGUGAACCUCCUGCACCCAUGGAGGUGCAACCACUGCCUGUUUGUACAGAUGAUUCACAGACUGUGGAGGAGAUGCCAUGUGGCCCUGGUGGAACUGACUCCCCGCAGUCAGCUGCUACUUCCACAAGCCAAUUAGCUCUUACCUGUGCAGAUGUGCAGGCGUCACCUACAACUGAGCCCUUGCAGCCUACGACCAAUCAUGUUCUGUCUACACCCGCUCCAGUGGACCAUGUGCAGGCUUCAGUUACCAAUCAUGUGGCAUCUACAUAUGUCCGGACAGACCACCCAAGGUCAACAGGUGCUGGAUCGGACAAUACGCCACCUACAGUGACUGGUAAAGACCACUUGCCACCUAUGCCUGUUCAGAAUGAUCACAUACAGCCUUCAGCUACAGAUAUCAUACAGGCAGAAGUUACUCAACCAGAGCACACCCCCCAUACAACCAUCUCCACCGAGCUUACACAGCCUACCGGUGUAGACCAAGUGAAUUCUACGCCCGGUAAGGAAUCUGUCAGGAAGCCUGCACGAUUUUUCUCCCCGGAUAAAAGGCCCAUGUGCCCUGACUGUGGAAAGUGCUUUCGUUGGCAGUCAGAGGUCUUGUUCCACCAGAGGAAGCACACGGGUGAAAAGCCUUACUGCUGCGCUAAGUGCGGCCAGUGUUUCAGCCGCAUUCCUCAUCUGGUGAUCCACGAGCGCAGCCACACAGGAGAGCGGCCUUACAUAUGCUGCGAGUGCAAGAAAUGCUUCGGCAGCAAAUCCGAACUCAACGAGCACCGCAAGAGGCACAGGGGGUUGAGGAUCCACCCAUGCCCGGACUGCGACAAGUCUUUCAUCACCAAAUCGGACCUGGGCAAGCACAAGCGUAGCCACACGGGGGAAAAGCCCCACCCGUGCUCUAUAUGCGGCAAGUGCUUCACACUGCGCUCUGGCGUCGUCCGCCACGAAAAGACCCACACGGGCGAGCGGCCGUUCUCCUGCACGGAGUGCGGUAAGGCCUACGUCAGUAAUUCUGAGCUCAUCAACCACAUGCGAACUCACACUGGGGAACGGCCUUUCUCCUGCCUUGACUGCGGCAAGUGCUUCUACAGCAGCUCCGACCUCAUGAAACACCGCCGGUGCCACUCGGGGGAGAAGCCGCACCUCUGCUCUAUCUGCGGCAAAUCUUACACCUCCAAGUCGGUGCUGUACCGGCACCAGAAGAUCCACACCAAGAUCAAGCCAUUCACCUGCGACACCUGCGGAAAGUGCUUCAUAAAGGAAAAGACUAUGGAGAACCACCAGAAGAUUCACAAGAAGAUCAAACCGCACUGCUGCAUGGAAUGUGGAAAAAGCUUCUACAGGCCUUCCGCACUGACCAAACACAUGAGAACCCACAAUCCAUAG